AUGUCUUGGCUGUUUGUUGUCCAUAUUUUCAUGGUGAUGACUGCUUCAAGUUCAAUCUCCUUUGCACUUGGCCGCCCUAGCAAUGAGACGGACAAGCUCUCUUUACUUGCUUUCAAGAGCAAAAUAAGUGAUGAUCCGCUAGGCAUCCUCAAUUCUUGGAAUGAUUCACUCCAUGUUUGUCGCUGGCAAGCCAUUACUUGCGGUCGAAGACACCAAAGAGUUACUAUGUUGGACCUCGACUCGUGUGAACUAAAGGGCCAAAUAUCUCCCCAUGUCGGAAAUUUGAGCUUUCUAAGGACAUUGAAUCUCCAAAACAAUAGUUUUGAGGGUGAAAUUCCUCCACAAAUUGGUGCUUUGUUCCGGUUGCAAGUACUACGGCUUCAGAACAACUCCUUGAGUGGCGAAAUUCCGGUCAACAUAUCUCUCUGCUCCAAUCUAUGGUACCUAGGACUAGGAAGUAACAAUCUCACAGGAAAACUUCCUAAUGGUAUGGGGUAUCUAUCAAAACUUCAAGUACUAAAUUUAAGAUUCAACGACUUUGUUGGGGAAAUACCAUCUUCCUUUGGGAACCUUUCUUCUCUUGAGAUAGUCACCAUGGAAUCAAAUAAUUUUCAUGGUAAUAUUCCAAAUAGCCUUGGCCAGUUACAAGGUUUGACAUAUCUUGCACUAGGCCUGAAUAACCUGAAUGGUACCAUCCCUUCCUCACUAUAUAAUUUAUCUUCCAUUCAAUUAUUCUCUGUCCACACAAACCAACUUGUAGGAAGUCUUCCUCCUGACUUGGGUCACACUCUUCCAAAUCUUGAAGCUCUUUAUUUCCAUUCAAACCAUUUCACCGGACGGAUUCCUAUUUCGAUCUCUAAUGCGUCGAAACUAUCGCUUAUUCAAGUUUCAACUAACAACUUGAGUGGCAAAGUGCCGAGUUUUGCAGGCUUGUCCGACUUGUAUAUGCUUACAAUUCAUAAGAACAAUCUCGGUUAUGGCGAGGAGGGGGACUUGGAUUUUAUCUACUCUCUUCUGAACUGCACAAAUCUACAAGUUGCGGCUAUUGACGGCAAUAACUUAGGAGGAGUGCUGCCAGUGUCUAUAAGCAACUUCUCAACAAAGCUCAAUCUCUUGGCAUUUGGAAGAAAUCAAAUAACGGGAAGCAUUCCAACUGGGAUUGGAAAUCUCAUCAACUUGGUGGCAUUAGGUUUGGAGGAAAACCAUCUAAGCGGCCAUAUACCAGAAACAAUAGGAAGAUUGAAGAGCCUGAAUUCACUUUCUUUGGAAGACAACAAGCUUUCAGGAGCCAUCCCAUCUUCCUUAGGAAAUUUAACAUCAUUAAUUGCGUUAACAUUGAUGUUAAACAACCUACGAGGAAGCAUACCGCCAAGUCUAGGGGAGUGUAAGAGUUUGCUCGCGAUGAAUCUUUCUCGAAAUAAUCUUAGUGGUCCCAUACCAAAACAAGUGAUUGCCUUGCAAUCCUUGUCUCAGUAUUUAGACUUAUCUAGAAAUCACUUAAUCGGUUCGAUCCCCAGAGAAGUGGGACAACUGGUGAAUCUUGCCCUUCUAGAUAUUUCUGAAAAUAGUUUAGCAGGCAAACUUCCUGAUACUCUUGGUAGUUGCACAAGCCUGGUGUAUUUGUACUUAGAGGGCAACUUGUUUCACGGUACAAUUCCAAAGUCUCUGUCUUCUUUAAAAGGAACUCAAGAGAUCAAUCUUUCUCGCAACAACUUGUCUGGAAAAAUUCCAAGAUACUUGGAGGCAUUUCGUUUUCUACAAGAUUUAAACUUAUCAUAUAAUGACUUAGAAGGUGAGGUGCCGGUUGAGGGCGUUUUCAGAAAUGUAAGUGCAUUUUCCUUGGCAGGAAAUACAAGGCUUUGUGGAGGUAUAGCUCAAUUAAAAUUGCCAAGAUGCAUCUACGAUACCGAAAACAAAAGGCAUCAUUUAUCCGCUACGCAAAAGGCGCUAAUUUCAGUUGCUUGUGGAAUUAUUGGAUUGAUUUUGUUGUCGAUUCUCAUUUUUCUCUGUUGGUCAAAGAAAAGAACAAGUGACUCAACUUUGGGAUCGCUAUCCUUCGGGAUUCGAGUCUUGCGAGUAUCAUAUGGAGAUCUUUUUAGAGCAACUGAUGGCUUUUCUUCUUCGAAUUUAAUUGGUCUUGGCAGUUUUGGAUCUGUGUAUAAGGGGAUUCUGAAUGAUCAAUCAGUUGUUGCCGUAAAAGUAUUAAACCUUCAAGUUUCAGAAGCAUCAAAAAGUUUCAUAGCGGAAUGUAAAGUCUUAAAAGGAAUUAAGCAUCGGAAUCUCGUCAAACUUUUAACCGCGUGUUCGAGCAUCGACUUUCAAGGAAACAUUUUCAAAGCUCUAGUGUAUGAGUUCAUGGUUAAUGGGAAUUUAGAAAGGUGGCUACAUGAAGAGGGAAAUCUGAAUCUCCUUCAAAGGUUGAACAUUGCCAUUGAUGUGGCAAAUGCUCUAGAUUAUCUCCACAACCAUUUCGACAUCAAAAUAGCUCAUUGUGACUUAAAGCCACGCAACAUUCUUAUGGACAGUGACAUGACCGGUCAUGUUGGAGAUUUCGGAUUGGCGAGAUUUCUCCCACACGAUUCCCGGCCUUCAUUUUCAUCAAACCAAACUAGUUCUAUUGGAUUAAGAGGUUCCGUCGGCUAUGCUGCUCCAGAGUAUGGCAUGGGAAGUGAGGUGUCAACAUCGGGAGAUAUGUACAGCUAUGGAAUUCUUUUGUUGGAGAUGUUUACCGGCAAGAAGCCUACGGAUGACAUGUUUAAAGAUGACAUGAACCUGCAUAACUUUGUUUCACUUGCUUUGCCUCAACAUGUAGAAGAAAUACUGGAUCCCAAAAUUCUUCUUCAAGGAGAUCAUGAUGAAGAAAAUACGUCGGACAAAACGCGCUUUCACGACGAGAUUCUUGUUCGACGCGAAAUAACUCAAGAGUGCUUGGUUUCUAUCUUUAGGAUCGGUGUUGCUUGCUCCGUGGAACUGCCACAAAUGCACAUCGCUAACGUAGUUGCUGGACUAUGUCAUGCAAGAGACACACUUGUAAAUAUGCCUAAGCAACAUUGA